AUGGAGUGUAGAGGUGUUAAAAGGUCUUUUGUUUUCUCCUCAAGCAUUAUGGCAAAUAAUAAUAGAGGUCGUCGUUUGGUUGAAUUGUCACUUAAUACUGCCGAAGGUACUAAUUUAGAAGCUAGUAAAAAAAGUUAUUCACAAGAUAGAGAUAAAAGUAGCACAUCAGGUUUAAAGCGGAAAAGGGCGAGCUCUUUAUAUACGGCAGUAGAAGUGGAACCUAAGAAUAUUCGGCGAAAUUCUAUUGAAACACGAUGCCCAAUAUUGCCAUUCCCACAUUCUGUUCAAAGGUAG